AGAGCCCAGCCCAGCUGUGGGUCAAAGUAGUGCCCAGGGAAGGGCUGGGGCUCUGUUGAUCUCUUAUCUCCCAGGCUCCCUCGGCCUUAUCUGAUGAGGCUCAGCAGGCAGCUGAUGAGGCUGACCAGGCCCCAGGGUUACUGAGUAACCCCGGCCUCUUUAAAAGUCCCACUGUUUACCUGGACACCCGGCACUGGCCAGUUCUCCACACUGCACGCUGCUGCCAUGAAUGCCUGCUGGCUCUCUCUGCUGUGCCUCCUGGGUGCCUUGGCUCUCCUGGUAGAGGGGGUCACUGUGCAGGAUGGAGACCUGUCCUUUCCUCUAGAGUCAGUGAAACAGCUGAAGGACCUCCAGGAGGCACCGGAGCCCCUGCUGGUGAAUCACAAGAAGUUUGCUCCCAGGCUUGCUGCGCCUUUGGCACCACGAAUAUGUAGCCAUUCUGCAUUUCCAGAAGCACUGAAGCCCCUCUGCAAGAAACCCAACGCGGAGGAGAUCCUGAAGAAGCUGCAGGCCAUUGCUCACGACCCAAACACAUGUGAGAUCUGUGCCUACGCCGCUUGCACUGGAUGCUAGGACGACACCGUCGGUCUUCUCAGCCUGCACGGAAGCCCCUUCUACCUCUGGAAGCAGGCGUGCUGACCAGCUCCCGCCCCCAGCAUCUCACCCUACCUUGCCCAGGGCAGGGAGGAGGCUGGGGAGACAGUCACCUGGAGAAGUCCUCCCUGGGGGCUGUGCUAACCCUCAGCCAAUAAACGAGACUCCGGUA